CUUUAGAAUAGUAAAAACCAGCAAAGUUUGUGAUGGUGAGUCAGCACUGCACAGGAGCGCGGAGCGGCCAUCUGGCAGCACCUGAAGCACUCCAAGCGGACAUCCAGCCCUCCUGACGCCACUUGGCGGCUUAGAUCCUGUCCAUCUCUGAGCCACACCCCCUUUUCCACCGGAGCGGUGGUACGAUCCAUGCAGGCAGCACCGAGCCUCACCAGCAGCUCCAGCCUCAGUCUCUCUGGGUUCAACGGCGGCUAAACGCACCAAACCGCGCUCCCUGUACCGGAGUGGCUCCUUCCAUAUAUAGAGAGAGAUACCUCCCCCCCCCCACUCCCUCCCUCCCUCUCCUCCUCUCUUAGUGCAGCGCAGCAGGACGGACUGACUUGCUGGCGCACAGCCUCUGCUAGGAGAUCCCUUCCCUUCCUUUCUAUAGCGCGCAAACCUUUUUCCUCUCUAUCGGCAUUUGGGAGCGAUCAGCAUCCUCAGCAUCCUCAGCAUCCUCUGCAUCCUCUGCAUCCCCAGCACUAGCACCGCCACCUCGCAGCCACAUUUCCUACCAGGAGGAGGAGGAUUGCUUACAGGCGCAGAAGCUGACUAAAGGCAUGGCUUUACAUCAGGAUGAAGAGUCUGUCCUCUUUGCCUUGGCUUUGCUGAGUGACUAAGUGGAUCCCUACGAACCAUGGAGGAGAUGGACAGCAAACCCUACCAGCCACUGUCAAAAGGCCGCCAUGAAAUGGAGAUGUCCUACACCAGCUCGUCUGACGAGAGCGAGGACGGUCGUACUCAUCAUCGAUCCUACACCUCCAGAGAAACCCUGCCUGACUUCACUCAUGAGCUUCGUCUCACUCUCGGGUCACACCGUGACAGACAGAGCAACUACAGCCAACCACAAUCAGAUCUAGACUUCUGUAAAGCUGGUCAGCUAAGGAGCCCAGAGUAUCACACCCAUCAGCAGCAGCAGCAGCAGCCAGCGCAGCAUCAGGAAGAGGAAGAGGCACUGUGCACCGGACCGGCCGCUCGCGUCCACGGCCGCGGCUACUCGCUGGGCGUGGGGUCGGACGUCGACACGGAGCCGGAGGUGGAUCCUUCUCCUGCUCACGGCCUGCAGCACAUGUGGAUGCGCGGCCUGAAGUCGGAGCAGAGCUCGUGUCUAACGAGCCGCGCCAACUCGGCCCUCUCUCUCACCGACACCGAGCAUGACCGGAAGUCUGAACCCGACAACGAGCUGCCCAGUAGUCCAGGUGGCCAGUUUACGUUCCGUCCGCUCCCCCCACCGCCGCCGCCUCCCCACGCCUCCUGCACUUGUGCCCGCCCAGCUCCCUACACCCAAGUCAGCCUGCAGAGGAAGACCAUGCCAACGCGGUGCCAGAGCAGUCAGGGUGGCCAGGGGGCAGACAACAGCUCGGGCACAGACCAGGCGCAGCUUCACAACAGCUGGGUGCUGAACAGCAACAUUCCCUUAGAGACCAGACAUUUCCUGUUCAAGCAGGGCUCCGGUUCAUCUGCCCUCCUGUCAGGCGCAGGGCAGGGCUACCCUCUGACCUCUGGGACGGUGUAUUCCCCCCCACCACGGCCGCUCCCGCGCAGCAGUGUGACCAGGCCACUGUUUACCUUCAACAAGCCUCACCGCUGCUGCAACUGGAAGUGCACGGCGCUGUCAGCAUCUCUGCUCACGCUGGCGCUGGCUCUGCUGCUCACAUAUGUCAUCGCCGUCCACCUGUUAGGCCUGACCUGGCAUCUUCGCCACGGUGAGAACCAGCUGUAUGAAAACGGCCUGAGCUCAGCGGACCAUCAACAGGACGAGCGUGGCAAAACCAGACCCACCAGCUCCGUCCACCUGCUGGACACUCUCAACCCGGAAAACACAUACACUGGGGACAGAGAAAAAUGGGUGAGGGGCCGCGCCAUCGACCGCGGUGAGAUGGACAUCGGAAGCCAGCAGAGCCAGGCGAUCCCGCCGGGCCUCUUCUGGAGGUUUCAUAUGACCGUUCACCAUCCAACCUACGUCAAGUUCAAUCUGUCCCUCUCACACAACGCGCUGCUGGGGGUCUAUGGUCGGAGAAACAUCCCGCCCACGCACACUCAGUUUGACUUUGUGAAACUGCUGGACGGGAAGGCUCUCCCCAGGUCCCUGACUGAUCCCAUCUCAACUGCCAAAACUCCGAAGGGCCUGCUGCUGAGCGGCCUGCAGGAAACCGGCUUCAUUGAGUACAUGGACCCCGGCACGUGGCAUCUCGCCCUCUACAACGAUGGACGCAACCUGGAGACGGUGUUACUCCACAGCACCCCUAUAGAUUCGAUGGACGGCUGCUCCACGGACUGUAAUGGAAACGGAGAGUGUGUGGCUGGACACUGUCACUGCUUCGCUGGCUUCUUGGGGCCUGACUGUGCCAAAGAUUCGUGCCCCGUGUUGUGCAGUGGGAAUGGCAUGUAUGAGAAGGGAAGGUGCGUGUGUCUGCCAGGAUGGAAGGGGGCGGAGUGUAACGUGGAAGAAGGUCAAUGCAUCGACCCCACCUGCUCCAACCACGGAAACUGCAUCCAGGGAAUCUGCAUAUGCAGUCCGGCCUACAAGGGUGUCAACUGUGAACAAGUGGACUGUGUGGACCCUCAGUGCGGCGGGCAUGGCGUGUGCGUGCGCGGGGAGUGCGUGUGCUCGGCAGGAUGGGCCGGAGUGAGCUGCGAUGACCCGCUGCCUGCCUGUCAGGAGCAAUGUUCGGGACACGGCACCUAUCUCCCAGACUCAGACACCUGCGCCUGCCAGCCCAACUGGACCGGACCGGACUGCUUCACCGAGCUGUGCCCGGUGCCGUGCGGCAGCCACGGCGUUUGCUCAGAGGGCCAGUGCCAGUGCGAGGACGGUUGGACCGGCGCCGCGUGCGACCAGCGAGCGUGUCACCCUCGCUGCGAGGAGCACGGCCAGUGCCACGACGGGACCUGCAUCUGCCAGCCCGGCUGGGAGGGGGAACACUGUAACAUAGUCACCCAUGAUCUGGAUGUUGUGGUAAAAGACGGCUGCCCCGGGUUAUGCAGCGGACACGGACGCUGUACCCUGGAGCAGAGUGGCUGGCGCUGCAUCUGCCAAGCCGGAUGGAGCGGGCCUGGAUGCAGCGUUGUCAUGGAAACUGACUGCAGUGAUGGAACUGACAAUGAUGGAGACGGACUGACGGACUGCGUGGAUCCAGACUGCUGCGAGCAGCUGAGCUGCGGCUCUGACCCCCUGUGCCACGGCUCGGCCGACCCCCUGGCCUUGUUGCAGCAGAACCCGCUGUCCCCCCCCACACCUGCAGGCACGCACACGCAGAGCUUCUACCGCCGCAUACGCUUCCUUCUCGGCAAGGCGGCCACACACACUCUCCCAGGAGAGGUGCCCUUUGAUACCAGUCGUGUGGCUGUGAUUCGAGGGAGCGUUGUGCUGCAGGACGGCUCGCCUCUAGUUGGAGUCAACAUCACCUUCCCGCAGCAUCCAGAGUACGGAUUCACCAUCAGCCGCAAGGAUGGGAGCUUCGACUUGGUGACCUUCGGCGCCACGUCCGUCACCCUCAUGUUCCAGCGCCCCCCCUUCCUCCCACAAACACGCAUCAUAUGGACACCCAACAACAACUUCCUGGUUUUAGAUCAGGUGACCAUGGCCAGAGAGGAGCCCGGGGCCCCUAAAUGUGACAUCAGGAGUGUUUUAAGUCCCUAUCCGCUGGUCCUGCCGUACCCCCUCCCCAGAUACACAGGAGCCUGUACAGAGAAGGGCCCCGCUGUCCCCGAGCUGCAG